CGUGGCGGCUGUGGCGGCGGCGGCCGAGGGGCGGCGGGGCGGCGGGGAGUCUCUGCCCGCAGUUGCUAAGCUGCGGCGGCCGUGUCGUGAUGGUGUAGCGGGGCCUGCGGGCGGGCGAGGAGGCCGGCACGGCCCACGCCUCCUGAGCGGCUCGGUGCCGGGGCGGCACGCUGAGGGGGCGUCGCCGCCGCCGGCCCCCGGAGCCCCGGGAGGCCGCGCCCGCCAUGGCGGCCCGGGUGGUGCUGGAUGAGUUCACGGCGCCCGCGGAGAAGGCGGCGCUGCUGGAGCGGAGCCGCGGGCGCAUCGAGGCUCUGUUCGGCGUGGGCUUGGCCGUGCUCGGCGCCCUCGGGGCGGAGGAGCCGCUGCCGGCGCGCAUCUGGCUGCAGCUCCGCGGCGCGCAGGAGGCGGUGCACAGCGCCAAGGAGUAUAUCAAGGGGGUCUGUGAGCCAGAGCUGGAGGAGAAAGAGUGCUACCCCAAGGCCAUGCACUGCAUUUUUGUUGGGGCCCAGAGCCUCUUUUUGAAGAGCUUAAUUCAGGACACUUGUGCUGACCUCUGUGUUUUAGAUACUGGGCUUCUUGGCAUCCGAGGAAGUGCUGAAGCUGUGGUCAUGGCCAGGAGUCACAUUCAGCAGUUUGUGAAGCUCUUUGAGAGCAACGAGAACCUCCCCAGUAAUCAGAGAGAGUCGGAAAUCAAACGGGAAUUCCGACAGUUUGUUGAAGCCCAUGCAGACAGUUACACAAUGGACCUGUUGAUUCUGCCUACUUCCUUGAAGAAGGAACUACUGAGUCUCACACAAGGGGAAGAGAAUCAGUUUGAAACAGGAGAUGAUGAUGUCAUUACAGUUGGAGACGUACGGCCACCAGAGUACACACAGAGUGCUGCCACAGGACCGAGUAUUGCUAGAGAUGAAGUUGUUGUACAGGAAGAUUCUAGAAAUAAAGCUAGGACCCCUGUUUCUGAGCUUACAAAACAAAUGGACACAGUCUUUUCUAGUUCACCAGAUGUGCUCUUUGUGCCGGCGAAUGGCCUAAGUCCAGAUGAAGAUGCUCUUUCCAAGGACAGGGUUUGUCACAAGAGGAGAUCUUCUGAUGCGGAAGAAAGGCAUACCAAGAAGCAGUUUUCCUUAGAGAAUGUUCCAGAAGGGGAGCUUUUGCCAGAUGGUAAGGGGUCAGCUGGAAAUGAAGUUAUCGACCUGUCUGAUCCUGCUUCAAACUCUACAAAUCUAAGCCCCGAUGGAAAAGACACUACAGAGGAAAUGGAAUACAAUAUCCUUGUUAACUUCUUUAAAACCAUGGGCUAUUCCCAAGAGAUUGUUGAAAAGGUCAUUAGGGAGUAUGGGCCUUCUACAGAACCGUUAUUGCUCUUAGAGGAAAUUGAAAAAGAAAAUAAAAGGCUCCAGGAAGACCGAGAGUUUCCACCUUGCACUGCGUAUCCAGAGGCCAGUCAGAGCAGAAGUGCAGGGGCUGGGAGCACCACAAAUGAGCUCACAGCAGACUCCACACCGAAGAAAGCCCAGAGUCACACAGAGCAAAGUAUGGUGGAGAGAUUCUCAAAGUUACCGUUCAAAGACUCUAAACACUGUACCUCAAAUUGCAAAGUUAAUUCUUUCAGAACAGUGCCAGUAGGACAGAAACAUGAAAUCUGGGGUUCAAAGCAGAACUCAAGUUGUACUGUCGACCUGGAAACUGAUGGCCUCUCGGCCUCUGCCAGCCCUGCCAGCCCUAAAGACAUCAGUUUUGUUUCAAGGGGAGCUUCAGGGCACCAACAGAGAAACCCAGCUUUUCCUGAAAAUGGUUUUCAACAGCAAGCAGAACCUUUGCUUCCAAAUAAUACAAAGCCUGCCUGUGAAAAGCGUUCUGGCUGCUGUAGCUCUCCUCAGCCUAAGCCAAAUUAUCCCCCACUUUCUCCACCACUGCCGCUGCCCCAGCUGCCACCUUCAGUUACUGAGCCUCGAUUGGGAGGGUCCUCUGAUCAUAUUGAUUCCUCAGUUACUGGGGUUCAAAGAUUUCGAGAUACCUUAAAAACACCAUACAAGCUGGAAUUAAAAAACGAGCCAGGAAGAGCAGAUUUGAAGCAUAUUGUUAUAGAUGGAAGUAAUGUUGCAAUUACCCAUGGUCUGAAAAAGUUCUUUAGUUGCCGUGGAAUAGCAAUUGCAGUUGAGUAUUUUUGGAAGCUCGGCAACAGGAACAUCACUGUGUUUGUCCCGCAGUGGAGAACAAGACGGGAUCCUAAUAUCACAGAACAGCACUUCUUAACCCAGCUCCAGGAGCUUGGAAUAUUAUCUUUAACUCCUGCCCGGAUGGUCUUUGGAGAAAGAAUUGCUUCUCAUGAUGACAGGUUUCUACUGCACUUAGCGGACAAGACUGGAGGCAUAAUUGUAACAAAUGAUAACUUCAGAGAGUUUGUGACUGAGUCGGUGUCCUGGAGAGAAAUUAUUACAAAAAGACUGCUUCAGUACACAUUCGUGGGGGACAUAUUUAUGGUUCCUGAUGACCCUCUGGGAAGAAACGGACCUCGGCUAGAAGAAUUUCUUCGAAAGGAGGCCUUUCUUAGACACAUGCAGCCGCUACUCAAUGCCCUGCCAAGUGUGGGCACAUUUGACCCUGGCUUCCGGAGUCCCAGCACCCAGGUAGCCAACACCAGCCACCAGCCUCCACCCCGGAUCCAGGCCUCUUCAAGCCCUUGGCUUCCCCAGCAGUCCCACUUCACACCCCUGGCCACCCUUCCCAGUAUGCAGCAGAACCUUCCUAUGCCAGCACAGAGAUCUUCUGCGGAGACCAACGAGCUGAGGGAGGCACUGCUGAAGAUCUUCCCUGACUCUGAGCAAAAACUGAAGAUCGACCAGAUCCUGGUAGCUCAUCCAUACAUGAAAGACCUGAAUGCCCUGUCUGCCCUGGUGUUGGACUGACGGCUGGGCUAAAGCCCACUGAUGAUGGGGAAACUGCCAGCUGUGGGAAGGACCGUAUGUGAAGAAGCCUUCCCAGAAAGCAUUGCUGUGUUGUAUAGAAAAAGGAGGGAAAUGUUUUAUGUAUACAAAAAUCUGGGUUUUCAAAGCCAGCUUUUUUCUAUAUAUAAAUUAUGCUGCUAUUACAGAUUUAACCUUUUCUGUAAAAGGAAAGUACGUUUUCUGCCUGUUCAGAACUGUUUAAUAGCAGUUACUCUUGAGUGUAUUUACAGUUUUAUGUUUUUUAAACUAUUUUCCUUAAAGCUGAAGAAAAAAUGACAAAUAUGGUUAGCCUUUCUAAAUAAAAUUAAAAAAAAAAAAUUAAGAAAAAAAAAA